UCUGAGUCUGCGCAGUCAGCAUGUUGUCGUCGCCAUAUUGAAGUGGCUGCCAGGAGAAGCAUGUCUUUAAUCGAAGACGUGUUUAAACUUAAUUUUGUUAUAUAUACAUAUUUGCUUGAUUAACGUUUAUUUUAAUUUAAGUCUGAUUUGUAGUCUUUUCUGCAUCGAGAACAAUGGGGAAGAGGUAUUACUGCGACUACUGUGACCGCAGCUUUCAGGACAACCUACACAACAGAAAGAAGCACCUGAACGGCGUCCAGCACCACCGGGCGAAGAAAGCCUGGUUUGACAACUUCAGAGACGCUGCCGCAGUUUUAAAUGAAGAGCGGACAAAGGAGCCAUGCAGAAAGUUUCUUCAGACAGGACAGUGUGUAUUUGGUACAAACUGUCGUUUUUCGCAUAUGUCUGAGAGGUACAUGAAGAUGCUGGAGCAAAAGAUUGAUGAUGAAAAGCGACGGAAGGAAGACCAUGACCAAGAUAGAUCGUCUACUAAGUGCAGCAUUGAUGAAUGGCUCUCCAGAAGAGAGAAGAAACGGGCUGCUUUGUCAUCAGGAAGAGUUUUAAAGGUGGAAGAGGAAGAAUGCACUGAAAACAUCGAGAUACCUCCGUAUCUGCUGUCUAUUCCAGAUCUUCCUCCAUCUCUCCAUCCCCCACCAAUUGGUGGUUGGAGAGUGACACUGCAAAAUGAAUGGGGUUGAAAUGGAGUUUGUAAAAAAUCUUUUUUUAAAUCUUUUUUUUUUUCAAGACCAUGCUUCUAACUGUUACUGUUACAAGGCCUUUUUAUAAUGUAUUUAAAAAGUGAAAACAAUGUACAUAUUUGUAUGAAAUUGUAUAGCAAUAGAAGUUGAGGUGCAUGCUGAAAGAAAAUGCUUUUUUUUUUUUUUUUUUUUAAUAUAUAUUAUGAAUAAAUCCAGUGCAGUGAAUUUCAUAAUGUGGAGUUGUAACUUGUGUGUCUGUAAAGGAGCACAUGAUGUUAUUUUUUCUGUUAAAGGUAGGAGUUAACAUAAUUGGUUGCUUUCAUUUGCUAUUUAUCAAGAAGUAGACAGUGUUCUCAGGCUGAACGCUAUUAUUUUUGUCUGCCUUCUGUGGUUAGAUUUAAAUUCAGACGAGGCAAGCGUUUUCAGUUUAGUCCUGAUUGCUUGUUGCAGGGAUGUUUUGUAAUGUUAGCUUGCUUGGCCUUACUAAAUUCCCAUUAUCUUCUUCACUGAUUUACAGGCCUUGUGAUGAAAGGUCCUAUGUGUUGGAGCAAAGAUAAAAUUAGUUGUCUAUAACUCUGUCAUUCCUAGAUACUUUUUUGCUGGUCUAGUAGAGUUUAGUAACCAGCAUCAGUUAUAUGGAGCACAUGCAAAGAAAAGAAAAGAGACCCGUUCAACCAAGGCAUAUAUUUACAUGCAUAUUUGGGUGUAAAUAUAACCAAAUAAAUUCAGCCAAACUUACUGCACUUACUUUAGUGCUGCUUACUAUAAUAAUUUCUGUAAUGUCUGAUACUUACAAUCUGAUUUUGUACUCUCAAAUGUUGAAUGCGUUGAAUAAUGAAAAAGACCAAAGAAGAAGCACCACUGUUUUAAUUCAGUUGUUCACGUGGUACAUUUAAAUGUAACAUCAGCACAUUUUGGCACAUCAUAGAUUCAAGGUGGUUUUCUAGAGCUACAUUGAUGCAAUAUAAAGUUACAUACAUUGUAUAUAUUACUGUUACAUCACUACAUUAAUAUAAUUAUGUGAGCUAAUUUGUAACUGCCAAUGUGUAUCAGCCGUUAUGCAGUUCAAUGCAAUUUGAUGUCAUUUAAGUAAAUGUGCUGUAAUUUUUCCAUGUGAAUUAAGAUGGAUUUAUAUUAAAGAAAUAUUGGGAAAAUACAAAAAUAAAGCUAUAUUUCAUAUAA